AUGGAGGCAUUCAAUCAAUUUGAUCACCAAUUUGAUCACCACCACCACAAUCACAGCCAGCUCACAGCCGACAAGCUGGCGCUCAUCAAGCUGUCCACCACCGAGCUUGACGGGGAUGCGCUCUCCGAUGCUGGUACCGUGAACGUCUACCGCAAUGGGGGCUUUUCUCGGUCGGGCACGCUCCGCUCUUCCAGGCGGCAGAGUUCGCUGUUGCGCUCAUCGCGCACAGAGUCGUCCUCAUAUGCCAAGUUCUCCUCCGAGACCACCGCCCAGGUUGAGACCAAGUUCACAGCGCUGAUGGACAUCAUAUCCAAUGCAUCCAGGGAGGCAUCUUCCCUCCAGAGUAUUUGGGAGAGGCUGAAGCACGAGCGUGAGGUGUAUCUGGAGGAGCGUGAAUCUUUGAUUGCGCAAGCCACCGAGCUCACUGCCGAGCUGACAUCGCGCGAGGAGGAAAGGACUCGCCACAGCACCGAGGUCAUCGACCGGAAGAAGCAGGUCGAGAAGCUUCUGGCCGAACUGACCACAGCCUUGGCCACUAUCACGGCGGAGAAAGAGCUCGUUGCAGAGCGCGACGCCGAACUGAAAAGGGUGCAUGCUGAGCUUCGCGAAACCCGGGACUCUGUGUCCCACCACACUUCCCAGUACAGUCGCACUCGCCAAGAGCUUGAUGUUCUUAGCGCCAGACUCAAGCAGACGGAGCUUGAGCGCGACGCUGCCAACGAGGCGUCUGAGAAGUAUCAACGCGAGCUCAGCCGAGCGACCCGUGAGCGGGGAGAGCUAUCCACUCAGCUCACCGAGGUGACAUCUCGGUUUGAAAUCGCCCAGAAAGACGUACAUUCUCUCACCGCCCGUGUCAAGCUGAUCGAGACGGAGCGCGACGAAGGUCUGCUGAUCGUCGACCGCCUGAAAGGCGAGCUACAGCGCACGAAGCAGAAGAGCGCCGAAGAUGCGAAGGAGGCAAUAGAAGCCACGGAGAAGUAUGAGAAGGCGGCCCGUGAGAUUACCAGGAUCAAGGAGACAGUCACUCUUGUCGAGGCUGAGCGUGACGAUCAUGUGCAGACCAGCGAAAGUCUUCGUCGCCAAAUCAAGACACACCUGCUUGAGCACGACAAACUGGCUGGCCAACUCGGCGACGUGACUCAGAAGUACGAGGCAGUCCGACGCGAACUUAUCGCCACCCAGGAGAGCUUGCGUUCCCUGGAGCUUCGAAGCAGCAAAGACGUGGAGACCAUCGAACGCACCCGUGAAUCUUUGCGUGGCGUGACCCGCGAGCGGGAUGAGCUUGGCGACGAGCUGAACGCUGUCAAGAGACGCCUCGAGGAACACCGACAACAGGUCAUCCUUGCCCAGGACAACCUACGCAAGGGCGAGGACAGGAUCUCGGAGUUGCAGAUCGAGGUCACGGCCCUGAACGAAAAGAUUCGGCUGGCAUAUCGAGAACGGGACGAGGCACACGACAAGUCUGGCCACAGCUUGACCGAGAUCAACCAGCUCCGGGAGCGCAUCGCCGCUCUGGAGAAGGAGAAGCGUGGCAUUAUUGAGUCGCGCAGCAGCCUUGCGGCCGAGCUGGAGCUCUUGCGCAGCAAAUACAGCGAGGUGACAGAAACGGUCACCUCGUUCCGCGACGAUGCCGACGACCUGGAGCAAGAGAUUGACAGUUUGAGAGCUCUCCUGCGUGAGUCCCGUGAACAGCGGGAGCGUGCUGUCAACGCCCGUGAGUCGGCCGACAAGGAGCGUGACGAGUACAUCCUCCGUUAUGAGGAGAAAUGUCGCGAGCUUGAACGACUGAAGGAGAGCAGCUACAGUCGAAGUGCCAGCUACUCGCAGUCACAUCAACGUGGCUCCCGAUUGUCGCGGACCGUUACCACCAGAUCAGUCUCGCAGUCACACCUGAACCAGGAAUCUGGCCAUGAAAGCCAUCACGCGAGCUCAGCUGCGGCUGAGGGUACGCUCCUCAACGAAACACCGGAGGAAACACAUGCUGAAACCUGA